AUGGCAGGAAAACAAGUAAAACAAUGGCUUCUCCUCCUCCUCCUCUCAGCCCAUCUUCUCACAACCUUCGCCACAACCACCAAGAAAACAUACAUAGUAUACGUCGACAAAUCCGCUAAGCCCCAAGAAUUCACCGACCACUCCGAAUGGUACUCCUCCAUGGUCAAAUCAGUAACAUCGCACACCACAACUCGAACCGCGGACCACGACGAACACGAUGAUCAGCAGGACAGAAUAAUUUACACCUAUCAAACAGCCUUCCACGGCCUCGCCGCCCGUCUGACCGAGGCCGAGGCCCAAAACUUGCAGAAUCACGAAGCCGUGCUUGCCACCUUCCCCGAGACCGUUUACCGUCUCCACACCACCCGAAGCCCUCUGUUCCUCGGCCUCGAGCCCGAGCAGCACGCUGUUGCGGGGCCCCCGGCCCACGACGUGGUCGUCGGGGUCCUCGAUACUGGGAUAUGGCCCGAGAGCCCGAGCUUCAACGACACCGGCAUGGACCCCGUCCCAGCCCACUGGAGAGGCGCAUGCGAGACAGGCCGGUCUUUCGACCGCCGCCACUGCAACCGCAAGAUCGUCGGCGCCCGGUCGUUCUACCGCGGCUACGAGGCGGCCUCCGGCAAAAUCGACGAGGAGGAAGAGUUCAAGUCUGCCCGGGACCAAGACGGGCACGGGACCCACACGGCAGCCACGGUCGCCGGGUCGCCCGUCCAUGGAGCCAGCCUCCUCGGGUACGCGGGCGGGACGGCCCGCGGGAUGGCUCCCGGAGCCCGGCUCGCGGCCUACAAGGUCUGCUGGGCCGGUGGGUGCUUCAGCUCGGAUAUUCUCUCCGCGAUCGAUCGUGCCGUGGCAGAUGGAGUACACGUUCUCUCGAUCUCGUUGGGCGGUGGCGUCUCGUCUUACUACCGCGACAGCCUCUCGGUGGGGACUUUCGCGGCCAUGGAGAAAGGUGUGUUCGUGUCGUGCUCGGCUGGGAAUGGCGGACCCGACCCGAUCAGCCUCACGAACGUUUCGCCGUGGGUGGCGACGGUCGGUGCCAGCACAAUGGACAGGGAAUUCCCGGCGAAUGUAAAGCUUGGGUCCGGGAAGUCUCUAACCGGAGCUUCCCUUUAUAAAGGCCAACGAAAUCUUUCAGUAAAUAGACUGUACCCAUUGGUCUACAACGGAGACAGUAACUCGACAAGCCCUACGCCGAGCUCGAUGUGCCUUGAGGGCACACUCAACCCGCGGUCCGUUGCUGGCAAGAUCGUGAUAUGCGACAGGGGAAUCAGCCCACGAGUGCAGAAGGGGCAGGUCGUGAAGGAUGCAGGCGGAGUUGGGAUGAUUCUGACCAACACCGCCGCCAACGGGGAGGAGCUUGUGGCCGACUGCCACCUCCUCCCGGCAGCCGCCAUCGGCGAGUCCGCCGGGAAGCUGAUCAAACGAUACGCGCUUUCCGGGAAAAACAACAAAAACGCAACCGCCACACUAGAAUUCCUGGGGACGAAGAUUCGUGUCCGGCCGUCUCCGAUCGUGGCCGCGUUCUCCUCUCGGGGCCCGAACAUUCUCUCCCCGGAGAUACUGAAGCCCGACAUGGUGGCCCCGGGGGUGAACAUCCUGGCGGCCUGGACGGGCGAGGCCGGGCCAUCAGGCCUACCAACGGACCACCGACGGACGAGGUUCAACAUACUCUCAGGAACGUCCAUGUCGUGCCCGCACGUGAGCGGGGUCGCGGCGCUCAUCAAGUCAAGACGGCCCGAGUGGGGCCCGGCCGCCAUCAAAUCGGCUCUUAUGACGACGGCAUACGUACACGACAACAUGCGGAGACCUCUCAAGGACGCGGCCUCCACGGCCGCGCCCUCGACUCCGUUCGAUCACGGGGCGGGUCACAUAAACCCGAUGAGGGCGCUCGACCCGGGCUUGAUCUACGACAUUACCCCGCGGGACUAUUUCGAGUUCCUCUGCACUCAGGGCUUGACGGGCUCCGAGUUGGCGGUGUUCUCCAGGUCGUCGAACAUGACGUGUCGCGGCUCGUUCUCGAGCGCGGGGGAUUUGAACUACCCGGCGAUCUCGGUUGUUUUUCCGGAGAAUGCCAAUGGGAGCACGGUGGUGACGGUGAGAAGAACGGUUACGAACGUGGGACCCGCGGGGUCGAGUUACCGUGCGGUGGUGUCGCCGUUUAGAGGGGCGUACGUGAAGGUGGAGCCGGAGAGGUUGGAGUUCACGGGGGAGCGGAAGAGGAUGACGUAUAGUGUGACGUUCAGGGUGAGGUCGAGGCAGACGGUUCCGGAGUUUGGGGCCGUAGUGUGGAAGGACGGGGUGCAUAAGGUGAGGAGCCCGGUGGUGAUCAUGUGGCUUCCGCCGUUGUGA